AUGCCUAUCCACUCCCGCUGGCAAAUUCCCCUCGAAACCUGCUCCCUCCAAACCUACAUUUUCGGCCCCCCCAGCUCCCAGCUCCCCACCCCCCACAAACCCGCAUUCCUCGAUGCCUCCCGUCCAGAAACCCACUUCCUCACCCACCAAUCCUUCAAAACAUGGUCGCAGCGUCUAGGUGCCGGCUUGCAAAAAGCAGGUCUGGAACCCGGGGAUCGCGUUCUGCUGUUCUCCGGGAAUAGCAUUUUCUUCCCUGUCGUGUUUAUGGGUAUCCUUAUGGCGGGUGGAAUCUUCACGGGUGCAAAUCCGGGAUACGUGGCGCGGGAAUUGGCAUAUCAGUUGAAAGAUUCGGAAGCAAAGUUCCUGAUAUGCGCGGAUGGGAGUUUGGAGAUGGGGAUUGAAGCCGCCGAGAGUAUUGGUAUGAGUAGGGACCGCAUUUUUCGCUUCGAUGAUGAGUUAUUCGAGGGAACGGGAGGAUCGAGGCUGGGUGUGAGGAAUUGGAAUGUGUUGGUGGAGAGCGAGGAUGUUGGGAAGGGGUUUGAGUGGUAUGAAGUGCCGGAUCCGAUAGAGGAUACCUGUUGUUUGAAUUAUAGUUCCGGGACGACUGGGGUGCCAAAGGGGGUGAUGAUUACCCAUUUUGCGUAUGUGGCGAAUACGACACAGUAUGCGCAUCUGCAGGAGUUGCAUGUGGAUAUUGUUGAGAGAAAUAAGAAGGCGAAAUGGCUAUGCUACCUCCCAAUGUAUCACGCAAUGGCCCAAACGAUAUUCAUAGCCGGCGGUCCCAAACGCGGAAUUCCAGUCUACGUGAUGAAGAAAUUUGACUUUGUCCAGAUGCUCGAAUCGGUUCAAAAGUUUAGAAUCACAAGUCUGAACAUGGUACCGCCCAUUGUCGUGGCCCUUGCUAAAUCCCCAUUAUCACGAAAAUACGACCUCAGCAGCGUCACUGACCUCGGCUCCGGCGCAGCACCACUCUCCGGCGAAGUCGUCAAGGAAGCAGAAGCUCUAUGGCCCAAAGGAAACGUGCAUUUGGGACAAGGCUGGGGCAUGACCGAAGCAACAUGCUCAAUCCUCGGCUGCGACCCCAACAAACGAGAACCCUCCUCUUCCGUCGGCGAACUAAACGCAAAUUGCAGCGCCAUGAUAAUGUCCACAGAUGACGGCAAGACCGAGCUCCCCAUCGGCGAGCGCGGGGAAAUAUGGGUCCAGGCUCCAAAUCUCAUGAAAGGCUACUGGAAAAAACCGACCGCCACCUCGGAAAUGUUCGUCGACCUCCCCUCAGGCCGCUGGAUGCGAACCGGCGAUAUCGCAUACGUAGACGACGAAGGCCGCUUCUUCAUCGUCGACCGCAUGAAAGAACUCAUCAAAGUGAAAGGCAACCAAGUCGCGCCCGCUGAGCUAGAAGCCGUGCUCCUUGAACACCCGCACUUGGCCGAUGCGUGUGUGGUUGGCGUGACGAUUCAGGGCGAGGAGGUGCCACGCGCGUAUGUGGUGCCGAAGGAGGGGAAGAGCGUGGAUGAGGCACAGGUGGCGGGCUGGUUGGCGGAGAGGGUAAGUCGGCAUAAGAGGUUGACUGGAGGUGUGGUGUUGGUGGAUGGGGUGCCGAAGAAUCCAUCCGGAAAGAUCUUGCGAAAAGUCCUACGAGAGCGCGCAAAGCAGGAAGUUGGAGAUAAAGAUGCAAAGUUAUAG